UCGCUGCGCAGUUUCUGCUUUUCGCAGCAUUUUGCAUGAAAGUGGCAAUCUGUGAGGAUUACCCAGUUUGAGGGCUAAAAAAAAAAAGCAAAGCAAAAAGGAUACUGUAGCUCUGGUGCUACUUCUGACUCAACUCAAUUUAUCUGAAGACAUGGGCUCCGUUUCCAACCAGGAAUUCCCAGGAGUGUGUAAGACCGAGGAGGAUGAAGGACCGAGCACCGAGGAGGACUCACAGUCUUUCCACGGGGUUGGCGUGUGUAAAUGGUUCAACGUCCGCAUGGGCUUCGGGUUCCUGUCCAUGACUAACCGAGAGGGAUUGCCACUGGACGAACCGGUUGAUGUGUUUGUCCAUCAGAGCAAGUUGCACAUGGAGGGUUUCCGCAGCCUGAAGGAAGGCGAGGCGGUCGAGUUCACCUUCAAGAAGUCAUCAAAGGGCCUGGAGUCGCAGCGAGUUACCGGGCCAGACGGCAUCCACUGUGUGGGCAGCGAAAGGAGACCCAAAGGCAAGAAGGUCCAGAAGCGACGUUCAAAGGGCGAUAAGUGCUACAACUGCGGAGGCCUGGACCACCAUGCCAAAGAGUGCAAGUUACCACCCCAGCCCAAGAAGUGCCAUUUCUGCCAGAGCAUCGACCACAUGGUUGCCAACUGCCCAAUCAAAGCACAACAGUCCUCACCGGGUUCUCAGGGAAAACCGUCCCCCUUGAAAGGAGACGAGGAGGAGGAGCACAGCCACUCGGCACCGCCUCCCGAGACCUCUGAUUAAGCGAGAAAAUUGAGCAACACUAACGCCGGGGGAAGCACAGAGGCCAAUCAAACCGCUUUGAUGGAGAGAGGGGACACAUGGAUCCCCUUCCACCUGUUGAAGCUGCUUUUGGAACUACCUCAGGUUAAAAAAAUAAUAAUUUUUGCUGAUGAAGAAUGUUGCUAAAGUUUUUGUUUGUUUGUUUUCAGUUGGUGUAACUCUAGAAUACUGCUGUAUUAUUGCACUCAGGACGCUUUCUAAAUGUUUGAGGGGCAUGAUAUUGUAGUGAGCGAUGCCAUAUAACGGAUUAUCUUAAUGAGUUUUUGUAGAAUCUGUUCUCUUUAUGUGAAACUAUGCCCCUCCUGUGGGUAUUGUACCUCCUUUUUUGUUUUUGCGUAAUACUCGGUAAGUUUGUUUAGUAUACAGUUACACUUUUGCUGCCUUACCAUUUAGUCUCCUGACUGUUACACCUCACUAUCCGACAAGGCAGAGACGUGACAGUCGGUACCUCUGUAAUGAAUGUUACUUUGCAUAUCGCAUGGGGAAUGGGAGGGAUCGUGAAAACAUAUGGGACGGGUUUUAGGGUAUAGCUAUAGGCAAUGUAUUGGCAUCUGCCGGUAUUGCAGUUGACCAUCCAGUUAUCCUGGGGCCAAAUGAAUGUCAGACCAGAAGUGGUUUCCAGCUUUUGGUCAAGAGUUAUUUUUUUUGUCAUUUCAUUAGUUUCAUCCAGUGUUUUGCUGGCUGUCUAAAGGUGCACGAUCUACCUCAUUGGUGCAUGUUCGGUCUGCUACCGAUGCUGUCAUUCUUAACCGCUGGUGGUAAACCAAAUAUUCUCAGAAUACAGUUUUAGAGAUUAUGAUUUGAAUUGGGAUAAAAUCAAAUCCUUAUUGCACUACAGUAUUUACACAGCAUUGCCAUUAGUUGAAAUAGAUCCUAUUAAAGAGUAACUUAACACUCCCUUUGAACAUUUGAAGGAUGUAUCGAAAGCUUGUCCACCAUCCAACGACCACUUCUGAUGAACCUUUGACUGCUCUCCAGCUGGAUGUGGUCAGUUUUUACUUGGGUCUGUGACCAAGCAUGGUACCGAUCGCUACAUCAUAGCUGCAGAGUAUCGCAAAACACAAGGCUGCCCCCAAGAUCUCUUUAGUUGUUUUAAAAUGCUUUUUUCAUGCUGAAUUACUUUAUUUAAAAAAACAUGACCACAUCCUUGGUAUCCUAAUUUAAAGUGAUGAUUUUGCAUGUUUUACAGAUGUCGAUUAAAUCAACUAAUCGAUUAGUCGACACAAUAACAAUUGUCUUUAGUCGAGGACGGCCAUAAUUAUUAGUCGGGGUGUCGUUACUCUUUAAGUCCUGUUGUUCAGCCUGGUGUUAAGUUACUAUUUAAUCUUUCUGGGAGCUUCGUCAACUUUCCAUCUUCAGUAUUUUCUCAUUUCAUUUGGUUGAUGUGUAAAGAAAUACUGCAACUUUAUAAUAACCUCAACUUGGAUUUGAUAGAAUUCCAAUGCAUCAUCACUUCUAACACGAUACUUGACCUGGACUGAGUUACUGAGGGUCCAGCUAGCUCUCCUCUUGAUACUUGAAUGAAAUGAGGCAGAAUCAGACAUAAUGUUGCCAGUGGGAAGGCUGGUGUUUUUGUUUAUAUCCAGUGUGAUCCAUUUGUAGGUAGUUAUUUAAGACAUUACCUCCCUAUAACCCUUUCAGUAGGGUCAUAGUUCAGGAACACCAAGCCUGCACAGAGGAGCAUGUAGAACUAGAUAGCGACUCAGCGUUUUACUCCCGUUUUACAGGAGAAGCUGAAACUACUUUUACACCCAAUUUAAUAUAUAUGUAAAAUUAUUCUAAAGCCUUUUAAAAAGUCAUACUACUUUAUUUAUUUUCAUCCAAGAGUGCUGCAGCUUCGCCCUCUGCUCCUGUUGAUGCCUCUCAGCAAAGAAUGUUUUAGUGGACAUCAGAAAAGCUGUCGAAUGUCAUUCAAAGCUAUAUAUGACUUGAGAAUAUAUUUGGGUAACACAUUCUUAACAUCAAGGUACUCGUAUUACCGUGUACAUAUGUGCUUGAUAAAUCACUGUCAUUGUCCUCGACAAUAAUUCAAUGCAGUAAUGAAUACAGUGGAACAGUAAUAUAUUGCAACGCACGAGUAACAAUAUACAGUACAUACUCUACAGGUAUUAUGAGGAGUGACGGUAACUGUGAGUUUUAUUUUCUUUGCCUUGUAUGAUUUUUUUAAUUCUUUGUUUUUGUGCACAAUGAGCCUUUCAGACGAGAGUCCCAUUGUUAUUCCUAUCUAUGCCAAAACCAAUGCAAUGUUACUCUGCACUAAUCAUGUGUAAGAUGCAUUAAUUUCUUAUAUUCAGUUUAAUCUUUUAUUUUUUUUCUGAACAUGUUCCGUAUUUUAUACUGUAUUUUUAUUUUAUUUUCAUAUACCACGUACAGUCGGUCGCUGGUUGGGGAGGGAAAAAAAACACUCUUCGGCUCAUCUCAGGAAUUGCCAAUCUGAAAACUCAGGGAAUACUUCAGAUUGAUCAGAAGGAGUCGAGGAGUGUUUAUUCAAGACAAGUAGAGACCGAAUGUUCAUCCGCAUGAUGUGAAGCGUAGGACAAAAAUGCCAAAGUAAUAUAGGUUUGGUAAUGCCUUGGUGCAACAAUUUUCUUUUUACUUUUUAAGGAAAAUAAAUACGAUUGUGGCCAAAAAAAAAAGCAAAUGAAGUGAAAUAGUUUGAGAUUCAUCCGCUUUUUGACUCUUAUACUUUUGUCAACCACCCAGUGUGAUGAUGAUCUUUUAUAUUUUCUCUUCUUUGACAUACCUUGCCAUGAUAUGAAGAAAAUGUUCCACUAUUAUUGUAUUUUUUUUCCUCUAUAAUCGUUGUAGAUGGGGAUGUAGUAGAAUAUUGUAAAAGGGAUUGGGGCUAGUAGUUUAUAAUCUGGGGUUGUCUCAUCUCAACACAUGGCCGAUACUUUGGUGUUUCAGACUAUCAAUGCUUAAGACAAAAGAAAGUGUCAUGGAUGACUUAACACUCCUAUUGUUUCAUAAACUCCUGUUUAUGGUGGUGUUUUAUAUACGUUUAAUAAUUGAAUAACUUGAUAAUUUCACUCAGGAUAUGAAAGGACGAAAAGAUUGUUAAAGUGCUCUGAUUAGAUGGAAUGGUUUACGUUUCUGUGUAUUUUUAUGUUGAAUUUACCACCAAUGAUUGUAGUGCUAGUAUAUCCUCUAACUUGAACACUUUCCUUUCUCUCCAAUUGAAGAAGGGACACACAUGGAUGACUUUUGUUAUCAAUCUGUAAUUAACUUUUGUUUAAAAACCAUGGACUAACUCGUCUGUCAAACUCUUACUUGGAUUCUGACGCCCACUAUUUAGAUAAAGGUCGAAUGGAAGUGUUGUAUUGUAAUGUUUGCAAUAUUCUGCUGUACUUAGUGAUGUUUUCAAAGUAUCAUUUGGAAACUAAAGUCAUUGAAAGACAUUCUGACUGCAACAAACCUGUUUGAACCCUCAGUGGUGUGUUAUUGUGAUUUCAAUGUCGGGUGUUAGAUGGGUCAGAUAUACCUUGAAAAUCCAAGGACUUGUAAGAAUAUGUGCUCAGGGCAACAUUUGAAGCACGUCAAAGCAUUCUGUAUCACAGUUUGCGUUACGUGUGCUUUUCAUGGUACAUCUUGUUUGUGACCAUCAGCCAUUAAAUCUGUGGUGUUGUAUCUUAUCGGAUAAAUGGCUAGAGCUACUUCCAAAAAUAUGUGCAUUUAUAACUGAUGAUUGUAUCAAUGUUUACUGCCAUAAAACGACAUCUAUCUUGAUCCAUCUUAUCUUGAUUUAAUGGCUAGUUUGUCAAUGAUGAGCAGCAUGUAGGCUUUUCAAAGUAUUACUGUGAUUAUGUUUCCAUAUGUAAAGAUCUGCUCCAUUUCCUAGUAAAUGUCAAUAUUCAUGUG